AUGCAAGAUUUUGCCGGAAUGGCAGCACUUCAUUAUGCCAUAUUAUAUAUUAAUCCUGAAUCGAAAAAUGAUAAUAAAGAUUUAAUUGAACUUCUACUUUCAAAUGGGGCAGAUGUAAAUGCAAAAAGUCAUACUGGGAUGACGCCUCUUCAUAUUGCUGCACAAGGAGGUAAGAACGAACUCUUUGAAAUAUUAGUUUCUAAUGGUGCUGAUAUACAUGCUUUAAAUAAAGAUAAGAAAACCCCUAUUGAUCUAGCAGAUGAGAGUGAAAAAAACCAAAAAUGA